GUUUCCGUACUGUAGCGUUUCUGCACACAGUUUCUGUUGCCAAGGUCUGCGCAGUCAGAAAUUGUUUGCUGGGUACUUCAACCAAUUUAUCUUCCCAAGCCAANAGCAGAAUCAUGGAGGAGCAUUGCUGAAGAUUUUUAUAAAAUUUGGAAUCUUCCAAAUUGCAUNGGUGCAGUAGACGGAAAGCAUAUUCGAAUCCAAUGCCCUCCUAAAACAGGAAGUUUAUAUUACAAUUACAAACAAUUUUUCAGCAUAGUGUUAAUGGCUAUCGCUGAUGCUGAGUAUAAAUUUACUUGGGUUGAUAUAGGAGAUUAUAGUUCUAUGAGUGAUGGAGGCAUAUGGGCUGAAUCUGCACUUGGUUCUGCUCUAGAANAAGGUUCUGUUGAUCUGCCAUUGCCACGUUUGCUUCCCAACUCAAAUAUAAUGUUUCCACAUUUUUUUGUGGCNGACGAUGCCUUUCCAUUGAAAACAUACAUGAUGCGGCCAUACUCAAAGAAAAAUUUAUGUGAACGAAGGANGUAUUGGUGGACGUUAUUGUCCAAAUAAUUUGUUGGAUCAUGAAGNAAAUAGAAUGUUUCAAUCUGGUGCUUGGAGGAAUGAAGGUACUUUAAAUCAUAUACAAGAGUUGCGUAGAAUUAGUUCUAAUAAUUCUGCAAGAGCAGUAAUAAAGUUAAGAAAUAUACUUCGAGAUUAUGUCAAUAGUGACGAAGGCCUAGUUGAGUGGCAAUGGGAUCGAGUUUUUCGUAAUACCAGUAUGAAUCUAAAUUGACUUAUAAUGUUUGCAAUAUUGAAUUGCAUGUAUUUGCACAGAAACUAUGUUAUAUAUAAAAACUGUUAAGCAAAGUUUCAAAAAGAAAUUAUAUAGUAUUGUAAANAAAUA